AUGGCGGAGCGGGAGACGUUGUGCGUGAGAAAACAGAGGAAAGAAGAGAAGGCGAGUUGGGCCGAGGCUGUGAAGCGCCUGAAGCAGAGACGCGCGGCCGUGGUCUGGAGAAGGGAAAGACAGGCGGGGCAACGGGAGGCGAUCCUAUGGUGGGGACGCGAGGGAUCGAAUUCAUCACCAGUGAAGGCGACGGAGAAGCAGCGACACAAAGCGAAGGAGAAGACGAAGGAAAAGGAAAGGGAUACGAAGGCUCAGCAAGCGAGACAGAAGAAGUGGAAGAAGAAGAAGAAGGAGAGGAAGAAGAGGAGGAAGAAUGAGAAGAAGAAUGAGAAGAAGAAUGAGAGGAAGAAUGAGAGGAAGGAGAAGAGGAAGAAUGAGAGGAAGGAGAAGAGGAAGAAUGAGAGGAAGGAGAAGAGGAAGAAGAAGAGGAAGAAUGAGAGGAAGGAGAAGAGGAAGAAGAAGAGGAAGAUUGAGAGGGAGGAGAAGAGGAAGAAGAGGAAGAAUGAGAAGAAGGAGAAGAGGAAGAGGAAGAAUGAGAAGAAGAAGAGGAAAAGCUUCGUUGUGUUGUGA